AUGUACAAUUCACGCGAUGGUACAGAAGAAUAUAAUAUAACAGGAGGUGUGCCGCAGGGCUCUGUUCUAGCCCCGUGGAAUAUUAUGUAUGAUGGCCUUUCGAGACUUGAGAUUCCAGCAUGUGUGAAACUAGUAGCAUAUGCAGACAAUGUUGCCAUAGUAGUUGUCUCCAAACAAAUUGAUGAGAUCGUGCAAACCAAUAAUAACUACGUUUCCUGCACCAAUUAUCUUCCUCCGUAUUCUGUUUUGGAGGUGUUUAUACGGGCAUACACCCUGUGGGGAUAUUCACCAAAGGUAAAGAGGAGUUUGCGCUCGCCAUCUGCGGAACCUUCGGUACCUCGACGAGUUCGGGUUUAUGCAGAAAGAAGCGGCGAUCCCAUAUACCACGAUAAACGUUUCGUGGCGAUUUUGCGUUGGAAGGAACCACUCGAACCCAACGGUCUGUUAAAAGGGUACCGCGUUUUAUGCGGGUUUCUGGAAGAUGGAACUAACAAUACUGCUUGCGGGUCAGAAGGAACUCUACUGGCGCCACAGAAUACGGAGUUUCGAUUGGAUAAUUUAAUUAAAAAUGUUACGUACUACUUUCAGGUUCAAGCAUUUACAGAAGUAGGUUUUGGCCCAGCUUCAUCUCCAGUAGUUAUUGAUGUAGAAUACGAAGUACCAGUUCCAAAACUUUUAGUAGCAACCGAUCAAUCACUACUUAAUGUUGAUUUUGACAUAAGAUUCAACAAAACAAUUUUCACUUUACCUGAUAAUACAGUUGUUAGGGACGUUGCAAUUCUUAAACGAGAGAAUUUAAUAUUCUUCACAAAUUCAUUGAACGAAAUUGUCGUCAUAAACGGAACAGAAGAACGCAAACUAUUAUCAUUGAAUACCUCUGUGCAAAGUUUGGCAUUAGAUUGGGUGCAAAGAGUUUUAUAUUGGUCACAACUUGAUGAUAAAGGUCGCGGAAGUGCGGUCUUUGCUUUGGAUUUGAAUUAUUUGAACUGGAUACAUCCAGAACCACGUGUUAUUUUAACAUCUACUGGAUUUAUUGGAUCUUUAGAAGUUUCCCCAUUCACGAGAACCUUAUUCCGUAUUGAAAGUACAUCUGAUGGCUUUCAUCAUCUAUUAAUAUCUUCCACGGAUGGUUCUUCGAUGACACCCUUUUUCAAGCAGGAGAAAGCCAAUUCCUUUUGCAAUUGCACUCACAAUCCACUUAUAUCUGAUGUCAUCGCUCUUGGAUUUACAACACCAGAAUUUCCUGAUGUAUAUUGGUUGGAACGAGAUACAAAAAACAUCAUUAUGUCCGAUUUUUACGGAUGUUUUUGCAGAAUUGUAGUUAUUGCAUCGGAUGCAACAACGAUUUCUAUUGAUGAAGGCAACAUUUAUUGGUCUGAUACUACAGGAACUAUUCAUGCUUUAACUAAAACAACAAAUCAGUUGUAUCCUCCACGAAAAUGUUUAUCUCCGAAACGAGUUUCAUUAAGAUCGCCUUCCAUUGACAGUAAUUCUUCAAGUUCUAUCACAUUACUUCUGCCAGAUUUUGAAAGAAACAAGGGGUGUUUUAAUCCUAUUCCUACUGUUAAAUACCAUGUGUUCUAUAAGAAUUAUACAGGCUCAGAAUCAUCUUGCAAUGAUACUUUCAAAAUAGUGGAAUUCAGUUAUAAAAAAGUUGAAAUCACCGGUUUGAAACCAUAUAAAAAAUACGUAUUUUGUGUCGGUGUCAGCAAUAUUUAUGAUGAUGAAAAUAGGAAGAGCAUCAUCCUCAGUGAGCCUGCAGUGUAUAUGACUGCACAAGGAGCACCAAGUAAACCAAGAAAUGUCUCGGCUGUGGUCUUAAAUCCAAAUGAAGCAUCUGUCCAUUGGCUUCCCCCAGCAAUUCUAAAUUCACGUUCAGUAAAAUACGAAGUGCAUUGGGCUUCUAAACCUAAAGGAUUGACAGCAAGGACAAAUGGAGAAGUACCAACAUCAUACAAAACAACCAUCAACGAGCCCAGCAAUGCGAUCCUGCAGAUGCACUUACGACAUUUAGCUCCUAACCAGACGUAUGCAAUCAGUGUUCGUGCAUUUUGUGACCACGCUGCUUGCCAAUGGAUGUUUACAGACAGUGAUCACGUGACAAUUACCACGUAUCCAGAACCUAAAAAUAUAUCAUUGUUGCAAAUAUCAUCUACUGUCUUGAUGGUUGGCUGGGAAGGGACUAACAGGCACAUUUUGCAGUAUUCCCCAUUUGGUUUUGAGCUUUGGGAAAACACCGAUUUUCAGGAAACUACUAAUGUGUCCGAAAACCAAUACGUUUAUACAAUCAGUCAACUGAAACCCAAAACGCAAUAUCGUCUUAGGCUGACUUUGUGGUACCCCAAUGAAAAUGUCAACGAAGCUAUUAAACUUCAAGAAGAACCAUACAUCUGGCCAAUGGACAAUAGAUUUGUUUUUGAAACACUUUGUGAUAAACCUUCUAAACCUGGUAUACCUGUGAUUGAACAUAUUGGAAGCAACAUCUACAAGGUGAUAUGGGAGCCUUCUCUAGAUAAUGGAUCUCCUUUGAUGGCUUAUAGUCUUGAAGGAAUGCUAGGCGAUUAUGAUUCUAAAACUGAUGAAGGCAUGAGAAAUCGUCGACAAGCUGCAAAUUUUACGCAGAAUUUUAUCGAUAGUGAACCUAUUAACGAAGAUUGGCAGGAGUUUUACAACGGCACAGAUAAUUAUUGGAUAAUAUCAGAAUUGCGACCGAGUUUGUACCGUUUUCGUGUGCGGGCCUUAAACAGCUACGGCUGGAGCGACUACAGUUUGGUCAGCACUCCUUUUGAUUCUUCUGGAGCGACGAUGUUGGCUCACCAGCAUGAAAAGAUCGUCAUAGUAUUCCUUGUGUGCGUCUUCAUAAUGAUUUUUGUCGGUGUUUGCCUCGCCUAUACUUUCAACCAUCGUUCUCGUGACGUGAAGAAAAUUGUGCAGGCACACCACGCGCACACAUUAAGACCUCAUGGUUUGGAUGUGGAAUUGGCGACCCUUCGCGAACUUCCUAGAAGAUGUACCUUCAUUCAUAGUAGUAACACUUUAUAUACUGGAGGUGCUCCUCCAACCGAUGCCGAAAUUGCCAUGUUGCCUCAUAUUUCUAGAGAUCAGAUUACACUUGUUAAGUUUUUGGGCAGUGGAGCAUUUGGUGAGGUGUUUGAAGGCAAAGCCAAACUUGGAGGCGAUAUCAGAGUGGCUGUGAAGACUUUGCGCAAAGGCGCAACCGAGCAAGAGAAGUUAGAAUUUUUACAAGAAGCCAGACUUAUGGGCAACUUUAAACAUAGGCAUAUUCUUCAACUUUUGGGAGUUUGUUUAGACAACGAUCCCCAUUUUAUCAUCAUGGAAUUGAUGGAAGGAGGUGAUCUUCUGAGUUACUUGAGACAUAAUCGUACUUCGCAAAUUCUGGGGUUGAACGAUCUACUAGGCAUGUGCCUGGACGUGGCCGUGGGUUGUGCAUAUCUAGAGGAGAUGCAUUUUGUCCACAGAGAUUUGGCAUGUCGCAAUUGCUUGGUGUCGACACAUGAUAAUGUCCGUGUUGUCAAAAUUGGAGAUUUUGGACUUGCUCGAGAUAUCUAUAAAAAUGACUACUAUAGAAAAGAAGGUGAAGGACUCUUACCAGUAAGAUGGAUGGCUCCUGAAUCCUUGGUCGAUGGAGUUUUUUCUUGUCAAUCUGAUGUGUGGGCAUAUGGAGUUCUCUGUUGGGAAGUGUUGACAUACGGACAACAGCCUUAUCCUGCAAGAUCAAAUUUGGAAGUUCUGCACUAUGUCCGGGAAGGCGGAAGAUUGAGCAAACCAUCCAUAUGUCCUGAUGAUUUGUAUUCGUUGAUGCUUUUAUGUUGGAGUCACGAUACCAGUAAAAGGCCAACGUUUAAGGAAUGUGUUCACGUUUUGACGCAGUUGAAGUCCAUUCCGUAUCAGAUGGACGAGAAGAGUAACCUAGCAACGCCGAUAUCGAGUCUGGAAAACAGCCAAGAAACAAUGUCCUUGGGUCUUGGAAGUGAAGCUCCUGGGUACCUGGAAUUACUGUCAGAUGAGUCCCACACGACGGUUUUCGACGGAUACGAAAGGCCUCGUACGGAAGUCCUAGGUUCAGGACGAUGGCAGUGUUUGUAACCAAGAUAGUUUUAAAACAAAUGGUAAGACAGAUCUAAAUUACUGGACCGCUGG